AUGACCCAGUAUAUGCUGGUGUCCCUCCACGACAGCGGCUGGAAGGCCUUCGACGUGACCGAGGCCGUGACCUUCUGGCAGCAGCUGAGCCGGCCUCGGCAGCCCCUGCUCCUGCAGGUGACGGUGCAGACGGAGCACCUGGGCCCGCGGGCCGCGGGCGCCCACAAGCUUGUGCGCUUCGCCUCCCAGGGGCCGGCGGGCGCCAGGCAGGGCGAGCCCCAGCUGGAGCUGCACACGCUGGACCUGGGGGCCUACGGAGCUCAGGGCGAUUGUGACCCCGAGGUGCCUGGGUCGGAGGCCCCCCGCUGCUGCCGCCAGGAGAUGUACAUCGACCUGCAGGGGAUGAAGUGGGCUGAGAACUGGGUCCUGGAGCCCCCCGGCUUCCUGGCCUACGAGUGCGUGGGCGCCUGCCGGCAGCCCCUGCCCUUCAAGUGGCCGCUUCUGGGGCCUCGGCAGUGCAUCGCCUCGGAAACGGCCUCGCUGCCCAUGAUCGUCCGCGUGGAGGAGGAAGGCAGGCCCAGGCCCCAGGUAGUCAGCCUGCCCAACAUGAGGGUGCAGAGCUGUAGCUGCUCCUGGGACGGGGCGCCAGUGCCCCGGAAGCUGGAGCCUUAGGUGUGGGGCGUGGCCACCGCGGCGCCGCCCUGAACAGGUGCACAGAAGCAGGUCUGGACGUAGGUGUUAAUUUCCUCCUUAGCAAGUGACCCCUGGCCCCACUCAGCGCCCCUGUUUUACUUUUCCUGCACGUUCUUCCUUUUCUUGUCCUCCUGUGCAUCACCCCCACCCUAAGCACUUAGGUAGCUAAUGCGGCUCAGAUUGCUGAGCUCUAGAAGGAAAUCCCAGCCUCCUUGUUAAGGAACACAGCCGGGCAUGGGCAGACUGCACGCGGGGAGCCUCUCUAUGGCAAACUCUCAGCUGAGUAUGGACAACAUGCCCUAUGAUGUGAGCUGGGGAAACAGACUGAUUUACUCUACUGCAUGAUGGGAAUUAAAACAAAAAUUUUUAAAAUCCCCCACUUUCCCCUGGGUAGGGAGGAGUUAAAAAAAAGAACACCCCUUCCCCAAAACGUUGACCCAUUCUGGACUCUUGUAAACAUGCUUGGGUCCCCACUCCCUUGAGAGAUUGCUAGGAGGGAGGACGAUGGGCUUCCAGCUGGGGUACUUGGUUUCUGGAUCAAACAGGGUCACAACUGUGACCUCAAGCCAAUGGGGAAGCCUUUGGGCCACCAUUUCCUCUUAAAAGAGAGGAGGUGGGAGUCAGCUGAGUCAUUACCCUGGGGGUCAGAGAGCCCAAACUUCACCGGCUCCCCUGCAGACCCAGCUUUUCCUGUGUGUAGUUAGGUUAUUUCCCCCACUGUUUUAGAAGCUUUACCACCAGAACCCAAAUGUAUUUACUUUUUAAAAAAUGUAGCCAAAACAGUUGAGUGUAGAUAAUAUGCCAAAAUAAAGUGACGGUUUGCUCUGUG